CAGAGUCCCCCGUCCCACAUCGACGAGCCCGCUGCAUUCCGUUGCUCGUCGCGUCGAGAGACACCGACACGCACAUACAUAAGGUAUACACACGCCCACCACAGCUCCACCAUGACGCUCUCGUCGGGCUUCCAUAUGCCCGGCGCCUUCCACGCCGACGGCAUCCACCAGGGUCUCUUCCGUCCGCCCGUCUCGCCCGCCUCGAGCUCCGGAUAUCUCCCCACCGCCGCAAGGCCCGCCUCCGCCGUUGUCGACACCGCCUCUACGACCAAGCGCAAGCGACACCACCACCAACAUCACCAUCAUUAUAAUCACAACCCCCACCCCUCUACCCAAAAGGCCAGCGGCUGGCCCGAUCACGAUGACUCUCCCUCGACGCCCGCGAAGCCCCCGAGCGGCGUCCUGGCCCCCCCGGCCCCCAUCUUCACCCAUGCCCACCCGGGCGUCUACACGCUCGCCGGCGAGGUCGGCACGCCACAUGCCGGGCCCGACGACAGCAGCGUGCUUGGCGAGAGCAUGUACUCCGACUCCAACUACCGCAAAGCUCUCGGCUGCAAGCGACUUCGUGACGACGUCGACAUGAUCGAUCCGGGCGGCCCGAUGCCGCUCUUCAACCUUCCCACCGCGCCCGCCCAGUCACGUGGAUGGAGCAGUGUCGCUUUCAGCACCCUCGGUGGUGUCGUGGGUAAGGUCUGGGAGUUUUGUAAGGCAGGUGCCUUUAGGGGCUUUUAUGCCGGUGGCGGGACGGGGUACGACGUGCAGCCAGGAGACGAGCUCGCGCCCGAGACGCCGCGGUACUACGACGAUGAUAAAGUCACCGAUGAGCAGCGUGUGCCCGGGUACUUUCCCCAAGGCUUCGAGUAUCGCUACAACGAAGCGGCCGACGAUACAUAUACGGGCUACGAUAGCCGAGCGUCUACGCCUACUGGCCCGGCGGCGAAGCGGAGACAUAUGGGGUCGUCCGCAGACGAGCUGGGCAGAAAUUGGGUCAUGGUCAAGGAACCGCGACCCGGGCCAGAGACGUCGACGCCUCGCAAGCAAACCGCAAACCGACCACAGCCUCGAAACCGGAAUCAGGGUCCGGCCGCCACCACUGGCCGCCGGAUCGUGGCCAGCCCGCGCAACGCACCCAACGCUGGCGCCACGAACCCUGCCAUCUCGACGCCACGCCGAUACUCGAGCCGCCUGAGCUCCUCCACCGCCGCUUCCCCAUCCGCGCGUGAGCCGGCUCGGCCUGCUUCUUCGGCCUCGCUAGCAUCCUUUAGGUCUCCCGAGCCGGCCAAGGCGGCGAGCAGGGCCGUUCCCAACCCCGCAGGUACGGCGUCGCCAACCUCGCACGCUGCGGGCUCUCACUCUGGGCGGCGCUCCCUAAAUCAGUCGGUCGGGCACGCCUCGUUAUCGCAUCGUCGCACGCAUAGCAACGCGUCCACGGCGUCGAGCCGCGGCGGCAGAGAGCAGGACCCCAUCGAGGCGAGUCCUCGUCUCGAUGCCGAGGCCAAGAAGCUGGCGGCGCGGCGCAAGAUGGAGGAACGGGACGCGGAUGUGCGGAUUGCGGCCUUCAACAAGAGACUCCAGGACAUGAUCAGGCAGGGCAAAGAGGCGCUCGGCACGACAGUAGAAGUGGACGGCGGGGAUGGAGGGUGGGAGGACGAUGAUGACUGAUGGAUGAGCACUGAGAGGAUAGGCUGAUAUGACUUACGAUACCUCAUGCCAUGUUCUCUGG